UGGUAGUAGUUUCCUAUAGAAAAAUGAUAUCGUAAGUUAGCAAACAGUAAUAAACAAAAAGAAAUAUGUAUUCGAAAUCAACAUAAUUUGUGCUUCAUUAUGUAUGGUAUAUUAAACUCAAGUUUUAAUCGAACUUAUAACCCUAGUGGAAAACAAAAUGCUUUAGCCGACAUAAAGAGAUUGCUGUCGUCUCGUGAUGCAAUAGCACAAAAUAAAGCUUGUGGCUAUCUCAGUGAAGUAAUAGGCCGAUACAACAAUAAUUCCAUUGAGCAAAAUCGUAUGGUGGAAUAUCUAUUAGAAAAUGAUAUCACAGUCUUUCUAUGUGAAGCUACUUCUAAUUUGGAUUUUACACUUUUUCGCUCAAUUUUAUCAUGUUUGCGCCUAUUAUGGCGGGAACGACGGUUCUUCGCAGACGAGCAUGCUGCUCAUGCUUGCACAGCGGUGUUGAGAGCACUAGCGCAUUACUCCGGGAGUUGUUCCAGCGUUGCCAUGAACGAAUGUCUCCAUUUUCUCUGUGAUUUAUUUAAUGGAAUUAACGUUCAUGGGACCACUUCACCUCUAUCCCAUCAAAGCGCGUACAGCACUGAACAACUUUUAGCUUGCUUCAACGGUUUAGCCUCGCAAAUAAGUAACAACUCGAAAGCUGUACUAUCCAGCGUUCUAGUGCUGCGUGCUCUGGUGUCUUAUCAACCAGAUACACUUGCUAUCAGAGGCCAUAUAGCUAGUUCGUUAGUGGAAGUGUUGGAAAAGUGGUUAACUUUAUUAUUAGGGGAGCUCAACCAUUCAGUGCUGUUGGGAAGUGAUGACACGGGAAUGUUUUUUGUCGUGGCGUGCCAAUUGGGCCUGGAUAUUUUGAGACUUGUAAAAUGUUUACACGGCAAUAGAAAUAAAGCUGACUUCAUAGAGGCGAUACUAGCUGACGAGCAAGAAGAAAAUGUACUGAAACAAUGCGUUUGCCAAAUGAAAAGAUCAAUUCGGAACGUUAUUUUAGAGCUAGUUACGUUCACAAAGGAAAAUGAAAAACUUAUAUCCACUGACGAAUAUAGUGUAUUUCUAAAGUUCCUACUCAAUUUCUUUUAUGAUAAUUCUAAAUGUGAGGAGCUGACGGAUUUCUGUGACAUUUUGUUCGCUAAAGGAUAUUUGGUUUUGUUACCGCAAGUUCAAAUCAUAAGAAAUGAUACAACAGUACGCAAAUUGAGCACUCUGCUCUUAGGAGAAAUGUUGAAAGUAUUGUCUGAUAAAUACCUAAACGUGGACGAGCGUGGUGACGAGGCUUGCUCAACAGUGAUACAUACAGGCUUAAUAGAGUUACAAUACGGAAUAGAAAAGCCGCAAGAUAUCGGCUCCCAUUUACAAAAAUCUCAACCAUACAGCCUCCUCAUUUACAUUUAUUUCUACUGUCAAUCAUCAGAGAACCCCGAGGAGGCGACUGCACCAUUAUUGCCGUAUUUGGUGGAACAUAUACUGCGUCUACCGCGCUCGUUCACACCACCCGCCUACAUUAUAAAAGCUCUAUGGCUCGUCUUCGCUAUGUCAUCAAUAUCGAACGGUUCCCUGGACUCGCUGGACCAGAGAGUGUACUUGGAGAAAGCGACCAAUCGUCUAGUGGCCAUGUUACAUCCGGAACCUUCAGUGUACUACACACACAAUCCAGCCAUCUUACUAUGGGCAUUCACGUCACAACGAAUCCCUAAUUAUGUUCGAUUACACGUUUUGUCACAAUGGCUACAAAUUGAGGACUCGUUGCCAAGUGAAUUAACAAAUGAGCCCACCGUUUGGGAGAUACUUCUUAACAUUCUCGUACAAUGCAAGAACAGAACUAUACUUGGAAACUGUAUCGAGACAUUAAGAUUAUGUUUAGAAGACAGCGAGGAGGACGCGCGGCAAAACUUCGCGUCAUUAGUGUGGUCGAUGUUGCCAGAUGUGUUGGCACGAAAACUUAUUGAUUAUAACAACGAAAUGGAUUUGAAUAUAUGCAAUUUAUUGGAUUUGGCGAGUACCCUAAUACCUCUUGAGGUAGACCAGACGUUGUGUCUCAAAAUAGCAGUGCUGUUAACUACUAUAUUUUCCAAAACCUUCGAUUCCAACGAAAUCGAAUCUAGACACCAGUACGAAUAUGUGUGCUUGAAACUCUGCUUGUACUUACUGGGUUUGGCAAGCAAUCAGAACGAUAACAGAGUGCUCCUGACCUAUAUAAACCGCGCGGGCUACCUGUCUUCGGUACUGGCCGCUACCAGUAGCUCAAAUGACAGGGUAGCCUGCGCCGCCUUGCAACUGCUCUCCUACGUGGUAUACUACUACAGCAAGAAUAAUUAUAAGCCCAAAUCUGUCCUGCAAGUUCAAACCGACCUGAUAGUAAAGUCCCUCCGUCAAGAUAGCUCGAACGAGCGAGGGGCAUCAUUGUUACAAUUGGUAUACAUAAUACUCAACUCUGAUAUGAGCACACCACUGAUACUCACAUAUGACACGGCAGAAUCAUCACAGACGCAUCAAUGUACAGCGCUCAGGGCACUGAUGUUCAGGGUUCAACUGAUGUUAUGCUGUAGAGAAUCUGAAACACAGUCUUCAGCCGGUUGGAAAACCUUGAGUUCAAUAUUCAAACAUGCAAUCCUAUACAAGAACGAUCCGAGAUUGGUCGCCAUCCUCACUUCACAGGCUUGGAUACAUAUACUGGUACAGUUUCAACUAACGCAGAAUAUAAAAGAAGAAUUCCUAACAUUCAUGCAGAACUGGCUUACCUUACUGAAGAUCACAAUAAAGAAGAGCAAAGAAGAGAAUAAAAGACAGUUAUGCGCACAGAGCUUAGUGAUAAAAACAAUGAUUUUAUUGAAGAAAAAAAUAUUACUGGAUGAUCAGAUGAAAGAAAAGAAAGAAAGAGUUUUGAUGAUUGUCGACGAUAUUUUGGAUGAAAGCGGAAUACGAUUUACUUCGGAUUAAAAUGGUGAUUAAAUAUAGAUGGUAUUCUCAAGACUUUAAUAAUAUGUUUUUCUAUUUUUGAU